AUGGCCUCCUCAGUAAAGUUGGCUACGGCACUUAAACAACGUGCUAUAUUGACAAAAGAAUUGUCUGAAUUAGAUGAUAAAAUACAAUCUUCAUUGAUUCUGCAAGUUGGUAUGAAAAAAAUCAAUGAUCCAGAUAAAUUGUAUUUAGAUUAUGUUGCUAAAUCUCAAGAAUUGGCUAAAUUGGUAUCAUCAAUAAAUUAUACUAAUAAUAUAACUCCAAUUGAAGUUGAUUUGACAAUGGGAAAGUAUGAUAAUACUAUAAAAACGAUUAAUGAUGCAUUAAUUUGUCGAGACCGAAUAUUUAAAAAAUUACAAUUUGUGAAAAAAAUAUCAACAGCAGGUAAAGAACAACCAUUAGAUUCCAAAGAUGAAAUUAAAUUUGUAUCAUUUAUUGAUGUUGAUAAAUAUGAUACUUUGGCCCAAGAAUUAAAUACUCAAUUUGAGAAUUUGAAUUUGAAAUUACAAGAAAUAAAUUGGCAAGUUGAUCUUGUUGAGAUAUAA